GUUACAAUGGCACUCCAAGAGGAUUAGAGAAUUGUAACGAAAGUGGAUGUAGUCGCUGUAAUGAUGCGGCUCCGUGUGGAACAAACCUGGAAACUUGCCUUUGCCUGCAUGCAGAAGAGAAUGCGUUACUGGAAGCAGGAAGAGAAAGAAUCGGUGAAG